AUGCGAAAGUUUAGUGAUUACUUGACUUCUUCGCCUCUUCAGAGGGCGCACGGCAACCCAAAAGCCGAAAAGGCCGGGAACGAAGCGACGGAAGGGGGUGUUGGGCGGUAUGCGGAAGAUGAAUCUUUCUGGGCGCUUGGCAUUUGUACGACUCCCCUCUUUUUGGACCACACCUCUCACGCGCCCUCGACACGGCCAAACGGUGUGUUCGGAUCAACAAAGGUAGACAGACAGAUAAAAGCUGUAAGCGGGAUGAUGAUUGAGUGGGUGAACACGCAGCACGGGUCGGAUCAAACCAAGUUGGGUAGUACGGGUCCGAAGAAGACAAACACCCCCGCCCGGUUGUCAGAAUAUCCUUGUCUUCGACGCCUCCACGCCUCGACGCCUUUGAGGAAAGAAUCACACGAGAAUCAGCGCAGCGUGUGA